CCCUUCUUGUGCGGAUGCUCGAUCUGUCAACCAGCCGGCAGGACACGCAACCCCAGCCGGCAGGACACGCACCGUCUCCCGAGCGCAGCUAUUUGUCCCCGUCCUUAAGGGGGUGGCUGCCUUUGUCUCUCAAGAACACAGCGAUUCAAUCAGAUCUGCUGAAUCCAUUCCAUGGCUUUCCUCUUCCAGAAAUUUCAGGAGGCUGUUAAAACUCUUGCAAAGAGUCCCCUGUUUGCUCGAGAUCCAAGACAUCUUCAGUUUGAAGCUGAUGUGAAUCGUCUCUUUCUUUAUACUAGGAGUUCUAAGGGGCUUAACCAUAGGUAAGCUAGCUGACAAAGAGCUGACAUUGGAGGACCAGUCGAAAGGAAUGAAAAAGCAAGUGUGUGAGAAAGAAUCCAACAAUUGGUUGUCUUGGUCAUAUAUCUAUUUUGAGUGCAGCUAUAAUCGUUUGGGAAAAGAUGCUGAUGAAAAGGAUGCAGAUGAGAUCAUUGACAUGGCAAGCAAAGCCUCUGUCGCUGAUCAGCAGAAACAAGUCCAAGAAAACAUACAUCUUCAGAUUAAAAACAUAUGUAGGUCAAUGGAUGACAUUCUUAUUGGUGAUCUAAAAAGCAUCUCUAAUUCGCAGAAUGGCUCUCGAUGGAGUGGACUGAGUUUUGCCACUGGUAGAGAAGCGGCAUCUACUAAACAGUCUGAGAGGUAUGUGUCAAGCUUGAACAACACAUCAACACACAGACACAAGCUUUUGUCCUUGCACAAUAACCAACCAAACUACCAAGCACAGGUUGUGUCUGCGACACGACCACUCACCCGCCAGGAAUUAUCACAAAGUCUGAAGGAUCACAUUGGCUACACUCUUGAAGUCAAACCAUCUCAAAUUCGUCAUGAGGAAGCUGGCCAAGGUUUAUUCAUCACUGGAGAAGCUGAUGUUGGAGCUGUCAUAGCCUUCUACCCUGGGGUAAUAUAUUCACCAGCUUAUUAUCGGAAUAUUCCUGGGUACCCGAGAAUUGAUGCUUCCAACUCCUACUUAAUUACAAGGUAUGAUGGGCUUGUUAUCAAUGCACAGCCAUGGGGAGUUGGUGGUGAAAGUCGAGAAGUAUGGGAUGGAUUUUACCAGCCAAGAUUCAGGCCAAAUCCAUCCGAAGAAAUUGAGAAGCGUUCUGACCGGUUCUGGAGAAUGCUUAGCAAGCCAUUAGAAAGCAAUUACAGAGGAAAUUAUGAAGUAAUCGAGCGUCGGAACCCUCUUGCCUUUGGCCAUUUUGCCAACCAUCCGCCGAAAGGAACAAGUCCAAAUGUCAUGAUCUGCCCAUAUGAUUUCCCAAUAACCGAAGAGAUGAGACCCUAUAUUCCUAACCUUGCAUUUGGAAGCGAAGAGAAUGUUACAAUGAAGAGAUUUGGAACCUUUUGGUUUAGAUAUGGUGGUUCUGGUGAUGGCAAGGGUGAUGUAGCUGUCUUAAAGACAAUUGUGCUGGUGGCAACAAGGGCUUUAAGUGAUGAAGAACUGUUUUUGAACUACAGGCUGAGCAAUCAAAUGAGACGGCCAGUUUGGUAUACUCCAGUUGAUGAAGAAGAAGAUCGGCGAAGAUGGAGCUAAGUUUAGGAUAUUUAUUUUUGGAUCUGGUAUGUUGCACUAUGGUGCGCUGUGUAAGGUUUAUCUUAUUACUUGUGUUAAUUGCAGGGAGCAUGGAAAGGUGGGUAAGAACCUAACUGGGCCAUUUUUCUCUAACCAAUCAUCUCAGAUGAAAGAACCAAUCACAGAAUUUACCUGCAGUGUCAUGACACUGCCUGAGGUUUUUUAAAGUUUGAAAUGAGAAAUUAGACAGCCAUCCUGGGUAGUGGACACAGUUUUCCCUGGCUGAAUUCUGAGUUGCUAGUUUUUUCAAAGCUUUUUUAUGUGCGACCAAGUAAUACAGAUACUGGCAAAAAUAUUAUAGCAUAAACUUGUGGUAGCAACUUUGUAAGGACUAUUGUAGACGCGUGGUUGCAAUUGCUUUUGAUGAACUCGUAAGAGCUUAAUGACAUUUUCAUGAUAUAGUGAGGCAAUAGAAGGUAGCUAAUUACAAUUUGUGGAA